AUGGACAAGGUUGGCAGAAAGCUUUUGCGCAGCUUUGUUCCCCUCCUUCAGCGCAGUCCCGUCUCCACCCAAUUUGGCCACACCUGUGCGCUGACACGAGACGGCCGGCUGCUGUGUUGGGGAUCCAACACCUACGGUCAGUGCAACGUGGCGCACCUUGGCCGAGUGAGGACGGUCGCCGCCGGCCGCAGCCACACCUGCGUUGUGAACGAAGCUUCCGAGCUGAUGUGCUUCGGAGACAACAGAAAUGGCCAGUGCGAUGUUCCAGUGGGGCUCGGUUCUGUGGUGGACGUGUCCGCUGGCUUCCUGCACACCUGCGUGGUCACAGCCGAUCGCCGCAUGGUUUGUUUCGGCUGCAACUCGCACGGCCAAUGCAAUGUGCCUCGCCCGCUGUCCACAGACAUUGCUCUCGUUUCAGCUGGCCGUAGCCAUACUUGUGCGGUGACAGUUUCGGGACACCUCGCAUGCUUCGGAUCUAAUUCCGAUGGUCAAUGUCCGAAAUUUUCAAGCGGUUACGCAUCUGUGUCUGCUGGUUCGUUCCAUACCUGCGCUGUGCGCUUGAACGGCAAGCUCGAAUGCUUUGGUGCCAAUAGUCACGGCCAGUGCGAUGUGCCUCCAAACUUGGGUCCGGUGGUUUCAGUAUCCUCUGGACGUGAUCACACGUGCGCGGUACGGCUCGAUGGUCAGUUGGUCUGUUUCGGAAGAGACUCAGACCGUGGCGAAUGUGAUGUACCCCCCAACUUAGGCCCCGUUCUCGGAGUGGCUGCCGGAAUCUAUCAUACCUGUGCCUUGAGCAGCAACGGCAAGCUGAUUUGCUUCGGCUGCGACGGAUAUGGUCAGUGUGACCACGAUUGGCAGGCGGAUGCUAUCUUCUGA